AGACGCUGUUCCCGUCGGAGCGUCAUGGUGUCGGACCUCUUCCACUUUGUUUACUUUUGUUCAAACAGCCCGAGUGUUAAAAUGACUCAGGUGUGUUUCUUUAUGUUUUGAUGGUUGUUACCUGAUUCUUAAAUCCCCGGAUGUUAGUGUUUUAUAGUUCUGAUUGUUUCGCGCCUUAAAGCGGAACCAAUAUGUCCUUGGAGCAGCAGAGGUUCCCCCCGCCCUCCUCCUCGGUCCCUCCCGGGGAGCAGGAGGCUCUCCCGGGCGUGUCCUCUCGGGUCAGCCCGCCGCCGGAGAUGGAGACCCUGAGGUUGUUCGUUAACGAGAGGCUCACGGCGGCGGUGGAGGACAUCCUGGAGGUGAUCGGGAACACGGUGUGUCGGUACCGGGAGCAGAUCGAGGUCCAGAGGCGGCAGCUGGACCUCCUGCAGUCCGAGGAGAGCAGCUGGAAGCCGGGGGCAGACCCUCCGCCGGUGUCCUCCUGGAUCAAACGCUGCCCCGAUGAGCCGAUCCUGACUGACAGCGUGGACGAGACGGACGCCUCAGCUGCUCAGGUUAAAACAGAGGACGGAGGGGAGGACUGUGGAUCACUGGAACCGAACGGGGACUUUGAUCCAGCCGGUGGUUCGGAGGGAGCGAGUGAAAGCCGACUCUUCGCCGACUGCUCUGACACUGAAGACAGCGGAGACUACUGGAGAGAGUCGGCAGGAUUCUGGAGACCGGAGGACGAGAAGAAAGAAGCAUCAGAGGGACAAAGUUCAUCUCAGGGCGUCAGGAUGACGAGCUCCUCCGACUUCUCUCUGGAGCCCGAAGCGUCCCGUCAGCCUGCGCCCGUGUUCGGCUGUAAAGUCUGCGGAGAGUCCUACCAGAGGAUCAGUCACCUCCUCACUCACGCCUCGGCACACCUGAGAGACUGCGGCCUGUGCGGCAAACACCUGGAGGAGACGGAGAACCUGAAGGACCACCUCAGAGGUCACAGAGAGACGUCGUUCUGCUGCAGGGUCUGCGGUCAGAGCUUCACCCUGCGGGGGAACCUGAGGAUCCACAUGAUGAUCCACUCCGGCGAGCGCCCGUACGCCUGCACCGUCUGCGGGAAGAGCUUCGGCAGGAGGGCGACGCUGGUGCGACACGUCCGCAGCCACACGGGCGAAAAGCCGUUCAUCUGCACGUACUGCGGACACGGCUUCGUGGAAAAGGGGAACCUGACCGUUCACCUGAGGACGCACACCGGGGAGAGGCCGUACUGGUGCUCCAACUGUGACAGGCGCUUCAGCCAGCUGUCCAGCUUCAACAAACACCCCUGUCACAGGAGAGGCCUGACCUCAGACGGCUGCGGCACGUGACCCGGAUCAGAUUUUUAUUCUACCUUUUUAAAAAAAAGCUUGUUUUCAGAAAUACAAAUCACAACCAAAGCUGUCUCUGAAACCCGUCAACGAAAACAAGUCCAGACUUUAUUAAAUCCACAUGACAGACACUGACUACUGGCAGCACCUCUAUGUGUUAAUCCCACUUCAGAGAGGGUGACCUUUAAACCCCGGUGACAGACGUUCAUCCCACCAUCAAUAAACUCUUACAUUUCAUGGUGUUUGAUUUUCUCUGCCGGUGACUCUGAAAUGUUGAAACAAUAAAAAACAACUCCUGGAUUAAUUCCUGUGAUCUGUCCAACCUCGCUGGGUAAAAAGAUUUCCCCUGAUGGGUCAAAGGUUUAUGGUUUGGUUCAGUUUAAGCAGUUUCUUCUGUUCAAGCAUUUAUCUUAAAAUCAGAGUCAUGAAUACUGAUGCUUUAAGAAGGUAAAUAAAGACACACCUCCUUCAUAUCUUCAGGUUUCUCUCUCAGGA